CGCCAGUCGGCGUCCGAACGCCCGCCGUGCAGCGUCGCCCGUCGCCGCCCGUUCCCGCCCCCGCCCACGGCGAGCUGGACAACGGGAUGCGGAUGUCGGCCACGCACGGUGCACGCGCCCCUGCGGAGAUUAGCGGGCGCGUUUUCCUCAAACUGUUGCUGCUCUCAGUUAUAAUUCAACAUUCAUAUGGAGCAAAUUUUGACAUAAAAAGAUGGAAACGGCAGUCAUGUAGUUCAAGGCAAUUCCAAUGUAAUUCAGGACAAUGUGUUGACCAGUUUGUGAUCUGUGAUGGAGAAAAGAAUUGUGAUGAUGGGUCAGACGAGACAUCUAGAGCAUGUCAAAAUAUUGGGUGUCCAUCAUAUGCAUAUCGAUGUGCUUAUGGAGCAUGUGUGAAUUCUGGAGCGCGGUGCAAUAAUAAACAAGAAUGUGCAGAUGGGUCUGAUGAAGCAGGAUGCGGAGGUUCCACUUCAAACAGUAAGGUUGUUUGCAAAAACAACCAAUUUCUUUGCAAAUCUGGUACUUGUGUAGACGUAUUCCUUUUAUGUGAUGGAACUAAGGACUGUGAUGACGGAUCUGACGAAACUCAAGAAGAAUGUGGGACAUUCCAAUGCCCUAGUUACGCAUUUCGAUGUGAUUAUGGAGCUUGUAUAGACCGAACAGGAUUAUGCAAUGGAGUUCCUCAGUGUGCAGAUGGAUCUGACGAGAAACCCGAAAGAUGUGGACCCAAACCGACACCUAAACCAACUCCAGCCCCAACACCACCACCCACUGGUGGUUGCAAGUUGCCUCCACAACCCGAAAACGGACAAUACAAACUUGGAGGCUGUUCGCCACCUUGCCAGCCUGUUCCAGGACAAACUGUUGACACAGCAUUUUUAACAUACUCCUGCAACUCUGGAUUUGUGUUGACGGGAGCGCCAGUCCUACUGUGCGAGGGCAAAUGGUCUGCAGAAUUUCCUACUUGUGCUAGAGCGAGGUGUUCAGCUCUGAUCAAUCCGUCAAGAGAAAUAGAAUGUAAACGAAAUGAAAAGAAAGUGGAUUGCGAUCAACCAAUGCCUCCAGGAACUAAAGCCAUGGUGAAAUGUGGAACAUUUUACACAAAUGUGAAGGAAUUUUCCGAUUUUGAUUUAACUUGUCAAUCUGAUGGCAAGUGGUCACGUCAAGUCUCUUCUUGCAUUCCAAAAUGUGGAGAACCAAAUCCCGAUGGAGUGCCAUUUGUUGCUGGAGGCACAGAAGCUAAAUACGGAGAGUUUCCAUGGCAUGCGGGCAUUUAUCGAAUGCUUGAAGGGAGUUACCGUCAAGUAUGUGGUGCUGCUCAUUGUUUUUGGAAUUCCAAUGUUGGAGGACCAUUUGACUACAAGGAGUUCAGAGUUGCUGUGGGAAAAUUUUAUCGAAAGUGGAAUGACAAAGAUGGAAAACAGGAAAAACACGUUCAAUUGCCUGAUAUUCAUGAAGUCAUACUUCACGACAGAUUUAGAGGUGAUACUCUGAACUGGGCCAACGAUAUUGCUGUGGUGAAUGUAAAAGAAACUAUCGUCAUGUCAAUAGCAGUCAGACCAAUUUGUGUGGAUUUCAAUAAAGAGUAUGAGAGGCUCUUCUUGCCUGGUAAACUAGGAAUUGUCAUGGGUUGGGGUAUAACAGAAAACCAGACUCAGAGUGAAACAAUUCAUAAAGCUACUUUACCAUAUGUUGAAUUUGAAGUUUGUGAGAAAGAAGUACCUGCAUCAUUUUUGGCGUUUCUCACUAAUAACAAAUUCUGUGCAGGAUAUCGAAAUGGUACAAGUGUAUGCCCAGGUGAUAGUGGUGGUGGCUAUGCUACUCAAUUCAGAGAUGGCAAAUGGUACUUGAUGGGUCUCAAAUUGGUAAGUGCUUUCAACAGUUUCAAGACAUGGCAUUGG